AAUAUUCCCUGUUAUUAUUGCGUUAACCAGUAGAGGGCGAUAUUGCACAGUUUUGUUCAAACGAGAAAGAAGACGUAAACAUCAAUACGGAAGUAGAACGGAGGUGCGACACUCGCACUAUUUGUUAUUUUUCUUGUGAUGAUGUUACUUUUGAGAGAUAUUUUUCAUUUUCAAAAGUGACAUCGGCAGAAUUAUUAUGCAGUAACUGUCACAAGAUUAGAUUUUGGACGCUUUUCUGAAGCGAAUGAUGGAGGCUUCCAAGACGUCGAGCACAACGAUGCAGGUUAGCUUCGUGUGUCAACGCUGCUGCCAGCCUCUCAAACUGGACACUUCAUUCAAUGUGUUGGAUCGGGUCACCAUCCAUGAACUUAUAGCUCCUUUGGUGACUGUCACUCCUAGCAAACACACUAGCAGCAGUGAAGGGGACACAACAACAGAGGAGACCUUUGUAGAAAACAAACAAGAUGGAGUGUCAAGGAAAUACAUCCCUCCUGCACGCAGGAUGAUGUCCACCGAGAGCGCCAACAGCUUCACACUGAUAGGCGACGCUUGCGACGGAGGCACUAUGGAAAAUUUAAGCCGUAGACUAAAAGUGACAAGCGACCUCUUUGACAUCAUGUCCGGUCAAACGGAUGUCGACCACCCGUUGUGUGAGGAAUGUACCGACACGCUGUUGGACCACUUGGACACACAGCUCAACAUCACAGAGAAUGAAUGUCAGAAUUACAAGCAGUGUCUGGAGCUCCUGUCCCAGUUGCAGGUGGAGGACGAGAAGACGCUGCUAACGGAGCUUCAGCAGCUGAACGCAGAGGAGGCGUCCCUGGUUCAGGAGCUGGAGGCCGUGGAGGAGCAGAGAGCCUCGGUGGCCCAGGAGCUGGCCCAGAGCCGAAUCCAGUCUCAGCAGCUGGAAACAGAAGAGCUGCAGUACCAAAAGGAGUACAGCGAGUUUAAACGUCAACAACUGGAGCUGGAUGACGAGCUGAAGAGCGUCGACAACCAGAUGCGUUACUGCCAGAUUCAACUGGAUCGACUCAAGAAGACCAACGUCUUCAAUGCCACCUUUCACAUCUGGCACAGCGGCCAAUUCGGCACCAUCAACAACUUCCGUCUGGGUCGACUUCCCAGCGUUCCCGUAGAGUGGAACGAAAUAAACGCCGCCUGGGGACAAACGGUGCUGCUGCUGCACGCUCUGGCCAACAAGAUGGGGCUGCGUUUCCAGAGAUAUCGCCUGGUCCCGUAUGGAAACCAUUCAUACCUGGAGUCCCUGACAGAUAAAUCAAAGGAGCUUCCACUGUACUGUUCGGGCGGCCUGAGGUUCUUCUGGGACAAUAAAUUCGACCACGCCAUGGUGGCGUUCCUGGAUUGCGUGCAGCAGUUUAAAGAGGAAGUAGAAAAAGGCGACACCGGAUUCUGUCUUCCAUACAGGAUGGACGUGGAGAAGGGCAAGAUCGAGGACACGGGCGGCAGCGGCGGCUCCUACUCCAUCAAGACUCAGUUCAACUCCGAGGAGCAGUGGACCAAAGCGUUAAAGUUCAUGCUCACCAAUCUGAAGUGGGGACUGGCCUGGGUCACCUCGCAGUUCUACAACAGAUGAACGAAAGGCAGGAAGCACCAAAAGCACCAUCUUGGAUUUAGGAUUCUCUGCAUGUCGUAUUGGAAGUCUCAUUUCAAAUGUAUACAUUUUAUGUAGGACAUUGGUUAUUAUGUAUGUGUGCACUGAGAGUUUUACUUUUAAUUUAAUAAAUAUUCUUUGGAAAAAGGUAACUUUUAAAAAGGACAAAAAUUAUGUUUGUGUGGACGUAGCGUUAGCUUGUUGUAUCUAGUUCAGGGGUGGGCAAACUUUUUGACUCGUGGGCCUAUAACAAAAUUUCCGGGGGGGGGCAGACUAUAUAUUUUACACGUAACAGUCCACCUGGUAUUAUUGUAUCUAUAAAAUUGUCAUGCAAUCUGCUAUUAUUAUUUAUUAUUUUAUAUUUAUAUUUAAAUAUUUUUUUAAAUAAUAAAAUAUAAUAAUUAAAAUAAAAUUAAAAUAAUAAUUAUUAUAUUAUUAUGUAAAAUCUGCUAUUAUUAUUUAUUAUUUUAUAUUUAUAUUUAAAUAUUUUUUUCAAUAAUAAAAUAUAAUAAUUAAAAUAAAAUUAAAAUAAUAAUUGUUAUAUUAUUAUGUAAAAUAUGCAAAUAUAACAAUAUUAUUAUAUAUAAUUAAUAUAAUAAUUAGCAUUAAUAUUCAUUCAUUCAUUCUCUACCGCUUUUCCUCACGAGGGUCGCGGGGAGUGCUGGAGCCUAUCCCAGCUGUCUUCGGGCGUAAGGCGGGGUACACCCUGGACUGGUCGCCAGCCAAUCACAGGGCACAUAUAGACAAACAACCAUUCACACUCACAUUCAUACCUAUGGACAAUUUGGAGUCGCUAAUUAAACUAGCAUGUUUUGGGAAUGUGGGAGGAAACCGGAGUACCCGGAGAAAACAUGCACGGGGAGAACAUGCAAACUCCACACAGAGAUGCCCGAGGGUGGGAUUGAACCCUGGUCUCCUAGCUGUGAGGUCUGCGCGCUAACCCCUAGACCACCGUGCCGCCCCAUUAGCAUUAAUAUAAUAAAUAUAAUAAUCAUAAUAGUUAUAAUAAUACAAUUAUUAUUUUACUUUUCAUUAUUAUUAUGUGCUUGUGUCUCUUUUUUCAGGAGCACUUUGUAAACAACAGACCAUGUCAAACAACGAAAUUGACAAAACCAUCAAAAGGUUGGCUCAGGCCAUGAUGCCAGGUUGUAUGUUGAGUUUAAAUUAAAUACUUUUGAAAGAUUGGGCGGGCCGUAUUCAAACACUUGGCAGUCCGGAUGUGGCCCCCGGGCCGUAGUUUGCCCAUCCCUGAUCUAGAUGAUACUCGCAAGUGAUUGCUUUUGUUGUAUUUGAACAAUUCUAUAUCAUUUCAUGCUUAUUAUUAAAAAAAUGAAGCUAUAAUGAGUAGCAUUAGAUUGUGCAUGUGUACUACCACUGGCACUCGUACCGCUGUUUGAUGAUUUACGACAUACAUUCAAACUCCCAGAUUAUGGAAGACUGAGAUGACAACAUGACGUUGUUCAUUGUUCGAUGUCUGUUACAUGAACAAAUACAUUAAAAGUACUUCAUUUUGAA